GGAGCUUUAAACGAACGUGUACACAGUGUACGCGAACAGUGUGAAGCUGAGCACACGGGCUUACAACUAAGCUUGGAGAAAUAAAGGGGAGAUAUGAAAUAAAGCUGGACAUUCAAUAUAAACAACGGAAUAUUUAUUUUCUUUUUUUUUUAAUGAAGCUGAAAGGUCCGGACUGUAGGACUGAAGCCAUCAAACCCAGUCCUGUGAGAAAGCAGCAGAAUGGAGGCAGCUCCAGGAUAGAGUGAAUCAUGUCUCCUGCUGUUUAUCUGUCACUUCUGGUUCUUUUAUCCUGUCAGCAGCGGACCAGCUUGGGCUCUCUUUCCCGCAGGAACCAGGCGAGGUGGUCCGGAAACACAACUUUAGCCAUGAUGUCUCAAAGCAACGAAGAUAAGUGUGACCUUGUGAUGAACCUCAACGCCUCAGAACGCUGUGCCUUCGUAAGGAACACGUCCGACUGUAGCAUGGAAGAUGGCUUCAUCAACUACAUUAAAGUGGCCUUCUGUCUACUCCCUGCCAACCUCACACCCCUCAUCAUCACUCUCUGUAUUGUAUGGCUGCUCUUUCUGUUUCUUAUCCUCGGACUCACAGCGUCAAAGUUUUUCUGUCCUAACCUGUCAGCCAUCUGUACCAGUCUGCACCUCACUCACAACGUGGCUGGUGUGACAUUUCUUGCUCUUGGUAACGGAGCUCCCGACAUCUUUAGUGCCAUGGCAGCUUUCUCCAACCCACAUACUGCUGGGCUGGCUGUCGGGGCCUUGUUUGGAGCCGGGAUAUUUGUCACCACAGUGGUUGCGGGCAGUGUGGCUCUGGUAAAGCCGUUCACUGUGGCCUCGCGUCCAUUUCUUCGCGAUGUCAUCUUCUACAUGGUGGCCGUGUUUUGGACUUUUCUCAUGUUGUUCAGAGGAACGACCACACUGACAGAAACACUUGGUUACCUGGGCCUCUAUGUGGUCUAUGUGCUGACUGUUAUCAUCAGUGCAUAUAUCUACAACCGGCAGAAGAACUCGACCAACUCAAGUGACCAGAACGCUGCACGUGUUCCAGCUGAGUUUCACUCGUCUGACUCAUCUGAUGAUGAUCCCUGCAUGCUCGAUGGGUCCAUCCAGCAUGAGUACGAGUCAGAGUACAGACCACUUCUUCCAUACACUGAGACCACGACUCAGAUCCUACUGAGCGCUCUGAACCCAGUGGACAGCAGGAAGUGGAGGAGGAGAUCAUGGAGGUGGAGAGCCCUCAAAGUACUGAAGACACCUCUCGAGUUCCUGCUGCUGCUCUGUAUCCCUGUAGUCGACCCUGAUAAAGAGGACAAGAACUGGAGACGCCCACUAAACUGCUUCCAUCUUAUCUCUUCUCCUCUGGUGUGUGUGCUCGCCUUCCAGUCUGGAAUAUAUGGAGAAUAUAUGAUCAAAGGGCAGUUCCCCAUCUGGCUACUAACUCUGCUGCUGGGACUUUUCCUGUCCGCUAUUGUCUUCUGCACCACCACAAAUGACAGUCCUCCAAAAUAUCACCCAAUGUUUGCCCUCCUGGGCUUCGUGGUGAGUGCAGUGGUGAUCAGUACAGCGGCCUCUGAAGUGGUCAGCCUUCUGCACAUGCUCGGUGUGGUGCUGAGUCUUAGUAACACCGUGCUCGGUUUGACUCUUCUUGCCUGGGGCAACAGCAUUGGAGACUGUUUUUCUGACAUUACCAUCGCCCGGCAGGGUUACCCACGGAUGGCCAUUUCUGCCUGCUUUGGGGGAAUCAUUUUCAACAUGCUGUUUGGGGUGGGUUUAGGAUGUUUGAUGCAAAUAUUCAAAACACAAUCUUUUGUGCAGUUUGAAAUAGAGGGUUUGCUGACGUGGAUUCUUGCCGGCUCUCUGGGUCUGUCUUUGGUCCUGUCCUUCGUCAUCGUUCCUCUGUGCCGGUUCCACUUGGGACGUCCGUACGGGAUCUUCCUCCUUGCCUUCUACUUAAUUUUCCUUGUCAUUGCACUGCUUACAGAGUUUGGAGAGAUCCACAUCCAAAAGAUCUGACUUUGAGGCCAUUCUGAAAUAAGGGACACGUUACCAGCACCGUAGAGUGUCAUGAGCCUCCAUGACACACCUGAACAGAGGCUGCUGCUGCACUGAGGGCAGAUCUACACACUAUUUAUACAAGAAUCAUGACUUCACUUUGUGCACUGCGUGCUCUUCAGAAGCAGAGGGGGCAAAUUGUUAACAAAUUCUUCUGCACAUGGAGAGCUCAAACUAAUCAUCACAUUGUGCCUUUAUUCAACCAUUCUUUUGUGCUGACCGAAGCUGUGACAGCACUUUGUGGGUACACAGGGUAAACACAUGUAUUUGUAAAAUUAUAAACAUUGUGAAUGCACUAAAUGUACUGUAAAUCCAAAUGUUCAAAUGACCCUGUACAAAAGUGCAUUUGGGGCAUUAAAAUCAUCUGAGUUUGGUAUUUGUUUAAA